UCAUCAUCAUGAGUAGGGACAACCCUGGCAAAGUAUUGGUCAACAACCAGUAUGUGAACUUGCCAUUUGAUGUAGAAGACGGCCAACUGUCCAUCUUCCGCAGUGGGUAUUUCGGGGUGGUGAAGACCAAAUUUGGCCUGACACUGAAGUUCAACUGGAACAGCCACGUCUCCCUAACCCUCCCCAGCUCCUACUCAGACCUCAUCGGAGGGCUCUGCGGAAACUGGAACGGCCAACGGAACGACAAUCUCCUCAAACCAGACAGGAGCCCUGCUAACACCCCAACUGUAUUCGGGGACAGCUGGAAAGUGGGGAACGACCCUGGCUGCUCCAGCGACUGUGACGGCAAGAAGUGCCCCACCUGUGACCACAGCCUGAUGCUAGAUUACCAAACAGGGAAAUAUUGUGGCAGGAUCACAGACAAAAACGGUCCGUUCAAGCACUGCCACGCCAAGGUGGACCCCAGAGAGUACUAUGAGGACUGUGUGUUUGAUAUGUGUAUGUACCGUGGCCAUGCCUCUGCCCUCUGUAACGCCCUCAGCACCUACACCACUGCCUGCCAGGAUGCCCCUGCCAAGGUGGAACAGUGGAGGUCGGACAGCUUCUGUCCGUCUUCCUGUAAGACCAACAGCCACUAUGAGGUGUGUGCCUCAGGCUGCCCCCAGACCUGCAGCGGCCUCGAUGAGCCUGAGAGCUGUGGGAACUCCCUGUGCACUGAGGGAUGUGUCUGUGACGAAGGGUUCAUACUGAGUGACAGCGAGUGUGUGCUGCUGGCUGAAUGUGGCUGCGUUCACCAAGGCCAGUACUACCAGAUGGGCCAGGUGUUCUUCCCCAACGGCCAGUGCAAAGAGCGCUGUGUGUGUAACAAGGAUGGAGACGUGGAGUGUAAUGUAAAGUUUGCCUGCGGUCCCAGUGAAAAGUGCCAGGUCCAAGACGGGGUGCAGGCCUGUGUACCCAUGAGCACGGGCACCUGCCAUGUGAGCGGGGCCAGGAGAUUCCACUCGUUCGAUGGCAGCUGCUUCAGCCUACACGGGGACUGUGUGUACAAAAUGUCAGAGGUUGUGGAGAAAGACGGAUCGAUGGCUCCAUUUGUUGUAUCAGUGCAGCAGUUGACCAAGAUGGAUGAUGCAAUGGUCACCAGGAGGGUUGACAUACAGGCCUACAAAUACAAGAUAUCUAUGUCUCCCAGAGUUAUAUGGGAAAUAAUGGUGGAUGACGUUACAGCAAAUCUCCCACUGUCACUCGGAGAUGGAAAGGUCAGGGCCUACCAGAACGGCAUUAACAUCGUCGUGGUAACAGACUUUGGCUUGAUGGUGACCUACGACACCGUUGCUGGCGCCAUCAUACAGCUUCCAUCCAUUUACAAAGGUGUUACCGGUGGUCUCUGUGGCAACUAUAAUGACAAGAAGGAGGAUGACUUCCUGCUGCCCAGUGGGCUGCAGGAGCCGUCUGUGGAGAAGUUUGCAGCGGGGUGGUUGGUGGUUCAGGAAGGGGUCAAAUGUCAGACAGGAUGUGACGGUGGCUUGAAGUGUCCUCCCACCAGUGGACCCCCACCGGCUUGUAGCAUCAUGAAGUCAACCAAGGGUCCAUUUGCCCAAUGCCAUGCUGUUGUGCCACCACAAGAGCACUUUGAGGAGUGCAUGAAGGAGGGAGAGGGUGGGGAUGCCCUGUGCCGCCACUUACAGACAUAUGUGACUUUCUGUCAGGUAUCCGGUGGCCUUGUCAGCAGCUGGAGAUCUGACCAGUUUUGUCCUCUGACGUGUCCAGCUAACAGUCACUAUGAGUUGUGUGCCGACACCUGUUCUUCUACCUGUUACUCUCUCAGCGAGUCUCCAAAAUGCCCACUAUGCCAGGAGGGCUGCCAGUGUAACGACGGCUUUGUGUUUGAUGGUGGCAAGUGUGUCCUACUGGAGAACUGUGGCUGUGUGGUUGAUGGACACUAUUACAAGUCUGGCCAGUCUGUGAUCCUGAGCAACUGUUCUGAGACCUGCAGCUGUGCCGCAGGAGUGUUCACCUGCAAGAACUCACAGUGCAAAGAGGGUCAGAAAUGUGGGAUGAAGAAUGGAGUCAUGGACUGCUACAGCAUAGACCCCUGUGAGGACACUGAGUGCCGUGAGAAAGAAAACUGUGUGGUGAUGAACAGUAAGGCGAUAUGUGUGGCCCAGUCCACGGCCACCUGCAGGGCUGUGGGGGACCCCCACUACCUCACCUUUGAUGGGGAGCGUUUUGACUUCCAGGGCACCUGCUCUUACGUCAUGGCCACGGUUGUUAAAUCUGAACCUGGUCUCAUCCCGUUCACUGUCCUGACCAAGAACAACCACAGAGGGAACAAGAGGGUGUCUUUCGUGAGGAAAGUCUCAGUCACAGUCUAUGGGCUGACUGUUGUGAUCAGCACGCAUAAAGGGAAGGUUGAGGUGAAUGGUGAGGAUGUCUACCUGCCUGUGACCCUGGCCGGAGGAAACCUAACGGUGGUGUAUAGUGGCAGCUAUGCUGUUCUGAAGACAAACUUUGGCCUGAAGGUUAUGUACGACUGGAACAUGAAGUUCUACAUCACUGUCCCCAGCAGCUACUUCCGCACCCUGGGUGGACUCUGUGGGAACUACAACGGGGAUCACAACGACGAGUUCACUAACCCCAAAGGUAACAAGGAACCCACAGUGGUGAAGUUUGCCCAGAGCUGGAGAACUGAAGAUGGCGACUUGUUCUGUCAUGAUGACUGUCAAGGGGAAUGUCCUAUCUGCACUCCGGCUCUCCAACAGAAAUACAAGGAAGAAAAGUUAUGUGGUCUCUUGGCCAAAAAAGACGGCCCAUUCGCAAGCUGCCACAAGGUCCUGGACCCAGGCGUGUUCAUGGACAACUGUGUAUUUGACGUCUGCAUCAAUAAAGGCAUCUACCAGUUCCUCUGUGAGAACAUGAAAAGCUACAAUGAUGCCUGCUUGGCUGAGGGGGUCAAAAUUAGCCCUGAGUGGAGGACAAUCACUGCAUGCCCACUGGAAUGUCCAUCAAACAGCUAUUAUGAGGCGUGUGGCACAGCUUGCCCUGCAUCUUGUUCAGAUCUAGCUGCCGAAGCAAAGUGCAAGGAACCCUGUGUGGAGACCUGUCAAUGCAAGAAGGGCUUUGUCCUCAGUGGAGACAAAUGCAUCUCCAAGGAGAGCUGUGGCUGCUCUUAUGAAGGACGAUACUACCCGUCUGGAAUGAAGUUCUGGGAAGAUGACAAAUGCACAAAGCAGUGUGAAUGCAAUCCAGCAACAGCCAAGGUUGAAUGCAAAGCAACAGCAUGCAAGAAAUCAGAGGUGUGUGGCCUGCAGAGUGGUAAGAGAGAUUGUUACCCAACAUCUUAUGCCACCUGCCAAGGUUCAGGCGACCCCCACUACCGCACGUUUGAUGGCAAGAGGUUCGACUUCCAGGGAACGUGUACUUACGUUCUCUCCAAAUUGGUCAGUAAAGACGACAAGUCUCUGGCGCCUUUUGAGGUGCUUGUAAAGAAUCAGAAUAGGGGGAGGAACACGGCAGUGUCUUACACAAAGACAGUCACCAUCACUGUCUUCAGAAACAUCAUCAUCAUGAGUAGGGACAACCCUGGCAAAGUAUUGGUCAACAACCAGUAUGUGAACUUGCCAUUUGAUGUAGAAGACGGCCAACUGUCCAUCUUCCGCAGUGGGUAUUUCGGGGUGGUGAAGACCAAAUUUGGCCUGACACUGAAGUUCAACUGGAACAGCCACGUCUCCCUAACCCUCCCCAGCUCCUACUCAGACCUCAUCGGAGGGCUCUGCGGAAACUGGAACGGCCAACGGAACGACAAUCUCCUCAAACCAGACAGGAGCCCUGCUAACACCCCAACUGUAUUCGGGGACAGCUGGAAAGUGGGGAACGACCCUGGCUGCUCCAGCGACUGUGACGGCAAGAAGUGCCCCACCUGUGACCACAGCCUGAUGCUAGAUUACCAAACAGGGAAAUAUUGUGGCAGGAUCACAGACAAAAACGGUCCGUUCAAGCACUGCCACGCCAAGGUGGACCCCAGAGAGUACUAUGAGGACUGUGUGUUUGAUAUGUGUAUGUACCGUGGCCAUGCCUCUGCU